AUGCCCAGUGACAAGACCUGUGGGGGUGGAGGUGACUCCUUCAACACCUUCUUUAGUGAGAUGGGAGCCACAGAGGGUUAUUCUACAAAUGUAUGAAGUAAAUGUUCGUAGGGAGGAUGGAGAGUUGCAUGUGUAAACUCUCACCAGCGUGUUAGGUUAGUGGAUAGUUAGUUGAAGAAUGAGUUGAUAGUUGAAGAAUGAGUUGAUAGUUGAUCUAUAAACCAUAAGUAUGACGAUUCUCCAAAUUAAGUAUUACCGAAAUAUCAUAACGAGCAUUAAAUGUAUUCUGGUGUUUUUCAGGCUGACAGGUGCACUGGGCUCCAGGGAUUCCUCAAUCUCCCACCCCUCUCCCCUACACCACACCACCUCCUCAUCUCCCACCCUCUAUCCUACCCCACUCCCCUCUCUCAUCUCCCGCCCUCUCCCCACACCACCCCUCUCUCAUCUCCCACCCCUCUCCCCACACCACACCACAACCACCCCUUCUCUCAUCUCCCACCCCGUCCCCCUCCCCCCACAACACCACCCUCUCCAUCUCCCACCCCUCUGCCCCACACCACCCCCUUCUCCCAUCCCCACCCCCUCUCCCACACGCACCACACCAACCUUCUCUCUCUCCCACCCAUCUCCCACCCACACCACAACCACCCCCCCUCCUCCCAAUCUCCCACCCCUCUCCCCACACCACACCACACCACAACAGCACCACCCCUCUCCCACUCCCCAUCUCCACCCCUCUCCCCCACCCCCUCUCCCUCAUCUCCCCACCCCUCUCCCCAUGCACCACACCACCCUCUCACCAUAUUCCCACCCCUCUCCCCACACCACACCACACCACACCACCCUCUCCCCUUCUUUUGUAGCCUCUUCAUACCAUUCAGCUGUCUAUGACUUCACGAGAGAUAGAGCAGGGAGAAUUAGUGACUGGUGUUGUUUGUAUCACAAUAUGUUCUACCAACAGACACAGCUAUGUUAGAACAAUAGGCCAAUUGUCAUCUGUCAAUUUGUUUUGUUUUUUAAGAUCCCCUUUUCUUGUACAUUUCUAGUUUCAUAAUUUCAACCAAUCCCUGACUGCUAUUAGCCUACCAUUUGAAGGUUACUCCACUAAAAUAUUUUGGUUAGGAUUUGGUUAUGAUUUAGAAUGAGGACGCCAACAGCAUCUUGUAGUUUCCAUAGAAAUGUGUCUGUUGUACAAUGUAUUUGGCGAAUGAGAAAUAAAGAAAGAAUUCAUUGUUUUAUUUUUGUCUUUUCUUGAAAGAGAGCUGUUAUUUAGGGUAACUUGUAUAUUGGGAGUUGAAUCUGUCAAUCAAACAGUGAGGAGUGCAAACAAACCGUGUUUGACAGGCGGCCUCACAGACCAAAAUUCACCAAAAGUUAAAUUAGCUGAUAAAGAUUAUCUCGUAGAACAAAACGUAUAAGAUCUCCUAGCCUACGUUUACCAAAGACCUUAUUUUCGCCGUUUAUCCAAACCCCCACCCCAAAAAAAACCAUAGGCUUUGUGGUCCUCUGUAGCUCAAUUGGUAGAGCAUGGCGCUUGUAACGCCAGGGUAGUGGGUUCGAUCCCCGUGACCACCCAUACGUAAAAAUGUAUGCGCACAUGACUGUAAGUCACUUUGGAUAAAAGCAUCUGCUAAAUGGCAUAUUAUUAUUGUCCAACGAGCCAUGGAGGAGUUAGUGCCUAAAAAAAUACGCCAUUAUUACUGCUCUCUAUACCCAUAAUUCUUCGUAAAGAGUCAGCCUUUUUCUGUUAUAAGGAAGGGGGGGGGGGCCUUCCCUGUUCUUUUCAAACCAACAGUCUCUCCCGCCAACCAGACUGUGCUGUCUGCUUCCUGCCGGGUUGGCUGCUUCCCCGACAUAUAAAUACCCCACCUCUUCCUCCCUGCUGCAGUUCUGCCUUCUCUUCUGAAUCCUCAACGUCAGCCUGUGAAGGAAAAGAAAACCAGACAAAAUGGUGAGUGCUGACUGCUGAUGUGGAUAAUACAAUGAUCUUUCUCUCUUUCAUAUGGUAUUCAUAUUUAAUGACAGGCUUAGAUAAGGCUGAUGAUAGUGAAGGAGGGAUCAUCUUUUUGGAAGAACAGCAUGUGGAUAAUGAUGGUUAUUCUGUUACAUAAAGACCAUGUGAUUCUCUGCAUUUCCUCUUUUUCUUUUAUAGAUGUUAUGGUGUUAUGUAUAUACGGUUUCAUACUGGUUUAUAUAUUUAUAUUGUAUAAUUUUGGUAAACAAAUAUUCUUGUGACAGAAUCAUUUAUAGCCCAUGCAUCAAAUGUGGGUCAGAUUUCAGUGUUCUAAUGUCUAUGUACAUAGUAAUUGUUCUACUUGGUGAUAGACUAUCCACUGUGUAGAUGGAAAACCUCUUAGCUUCAGGGCAAAAACAUGAAUCGCUGAUCAUUCAGAUUUUCUGUGAAAUAAUGUACGUCUUUAUGAGAUUUCUGCCAUUCUGAGAGAGGAGGAUGGAAUGAUUGAGCACAAAGGAGAACAGGGAGGGAGGAGCAAUCUGGGAUGGGUAGCCAUUUUCUCUGUUAGGGUCUGUGUGAGAGACAUCUCACGCUGUUACACUGCAGGGGGGAGAAAGGAGAGAGGAGACAGAGAAAAAGGGAGAGGAGAGGAGGAGGGGUGUCCCACAGCGAGGAGAGAGGAGAGGAGGAGGGGGUGGCCCAGAGGGAGGAGAGAGGAAAGGAGAGAGGAGAGGAGAGAGGAGAGGAGGAGGGGGUGGCCCAGAGGGAGGAGAGAGGAAAGGAGAGAGGAGAGGAGAGAGGAGAGGAGGAGGGGGUGGCCCACAGGGAGGAGAGAGGAGAGGAGGAGGGGGUGGCCCAGAGGGAGGAGAGAGGAGAGGAGAGAGGAGAGGAGAGAGGAGAGGGAGGAGGGGGUGGCCCACAGGGAGGAGAGAGGAGGAGGGGGUGGCCCACAGGGAGGGAGAGAAAGAGGAGAGAGGAGAGGAGGAGGGGGUGGCCCACAGGGAGGAGAGAAAGAGGAGAGAGGAGAGGAGGGGGUGGCCCACAGGGAGGAGAGAAAGAGGAGAGAGGAGAGGAGGGGGUGGCCCACAGGGAGGAGAGAAAGAGGAGAGAGGAGAGGAGGGGGUGGCCCACAGGGAGGAGAGAAAGAGGAGAGAGGAGAGGAGGGGGUGGCCCACAGGGAGGAGAGAAAGAGGAGAGAGGAGAGGAGGGGGUGGCCCACAGGGAAGAGAGAAAGAGGAGAGAGUAGAGGAGGAGGGGGUGGCCCACAGGGAGGAGAGAAAGAGGAGAGAGGAGAGGAGGGGGUGGCCCACAGGGAAGAGAGAAAGAGGAGAGAGUAGAGGAGGAGGGGGUGGCCCACAGGAAAAAUACAUUUUCCUCUCUGGUCCUCUCUUAAAGAUACAGGCUCAUAAAUAAUGAUCUGUCGUCAAAUGGCAGAUAAAGAAUUUGCAAAAUGACGUAAAUGACGUACAGUAUUAGUGUCAUAUACUCAAGAUGGUGGCCGUACUAUUCAGCCUAAUCCAACCAGGAUAGCCUAGUGUAGCCAAUGACUUUGCUUUGAUGUCAUUUUGCUAAAAUGGUUGAUAAUAUCCCUUAUGUAUUUUUUUAAUCUGAUUUGACUUUCACUUAUCAUAGGGAUCUUACAGUAAUAGAUUGAUGAUUGAUUCUGCAUUACAUUACAAUACAUUACAUUACAUUACAUUACAUUACAAUUUAAACUGUCUGAAACGGCUUUCAACACAUAUUUUCUUCACUCCACUCCAUUGUAUAUCAACUUCACUGUGUAUUUAAUGUGCAUAGACAUUAUUUGAUUCAAAUUUCCCUGUAGUUGAUCUCUUAUUUUAAUUUCUUGUGUGUUUUUGUUCUACCUUGUUAUUUUUAGUAUUUUGGUAUUGUUAUUGAUUACUGCCUUGUUGGAGUUCGAGCUUGCAAGAAAGGCAUUUCACUGUAAUUGUGCAAAUUUGGACAUAAAACUUGAAAACUUUAGCCCCUCUCCCUCCCCACUUUAACGCUAAAAAUGUGCAUAUCACUAUUUAUACGUUUCCAUGUCUUGAUCUCUCGAGAAAAACUCAGACGAGAGAGAGCAUGCGCGCGCGCGCGCGCUGGCCGAGAGCUCGCGAGGAGAGAGAGAGCGAGCUCGCGCGCGAGCUCUCCUCGUCGCUCUCGCUCUCUCUCGCUCUCUCUCUCUCUGAGUCUAGACUCUCUCUCUGUCUGGUCUCUUUCGAGCUCUCGAGCGCGCCGUAGAGAAGCGAGGCGAGCUCGCUCGAGCAAGCGAGCGAUCUCUCUAGAUCGAGCUCGCUGAUCUCUCUGAUCUCUCUCUUCUCUCUCUCUCUCUUCUCUCUCUCUCUCUCUCUAUCUCUUCUCUCUCUCUCUCUCUCUCUCUCUCUCUCUCUCUCUCUCUCUCUCUCUCUCUCUCUCUCUCUCUUUCAGCGUGAGUGUAUUUCUAUGCAUGUGGGCCAAGCCGGAGUCCAGAUGGGUAACGCCUGUUGGGAGCUGUACUGCCUGGAGCAUGGGAUCCAGCCGGACGGACAGAUGCCCAGUGACAAGACCUGUGGAGGUGGAGAUGACUCCUUCAACACCUUCUUCAGUGAGACCGGAGCCGGAAAGCAUGUCCCCCGUGCCAUCUUCGUAGAUCUGGAGCCCACUGUCAUCGGUGAGAUGAGACUCCUCUGAAAUCCUGGAGGAAAUCUAUUGGAUUAGCGUUCACAAUCUUUGAAUGAUUUGAUAUUCUGUCCCAAGAUAUUCCUCAUAUUCUGAAUAUUCUCAUAUUCUAAAUCUACCUUUGUCUUUCAGAUGAGGUUAGGACAGGUACCUAUCGCCAGCUGUUCCACCCUGAGCAGCUGAUCACUGGUAAGGAGGAUGCUGCCAACAACUACGCCCGCGGUCACUACACCAUCGGCAAGGAGAUCAUUGACCUGGUUCUGGACAGGACACGCAAACUGGUGAGUCAUCAUUCUGAAAUAGGGCUCUAACUAGAGUUAUUCUACAGGAACAGGGUUCUAGAUGGGUUGUACAUGGAACCUUCUUCAUCCAAAGAAGUUUGUUCGAAACCUUCUUUAUGGCAGAAAGUGUUCUGAAAAGAUUAUUUCUAGGGUAAUAAGGUUCUACCUGGAACCGUAAAUGGUUCUUCUUAUGGCAAAGAACCCUUUAUGGUUCUAGGUAGAACAUGCAAACAGGUUCUGCAUUCUAGUCUUACUACUAUAACAUAAGAUAACAUCUAACAAUGUUAUUGUACCAUUUCUCCAUUCAGGCUGACCAGUGCACUGGGCUCCAAGGAUUCCUCAUCUUCCACAGCUUCGGAGGAGGCACUGGCUCUGGUUUCACCUCCCUGCUGAUGGAACGUCUGUCUGUCGACUACGGAAAGAAGUCCAAGCUUGAGUUCGCCGUUUACCCAGCUCCCCAGGUGUCCACAGCUGUGGUGGAGCCCUACAACUCCAUCCUGACCACCCACACCACCCUGGAGCACUCUGACUGUGCCUUCAUGGUGGACAACGAGGCCAUCUAUGACAUCUGCCGUAGGAACCUCGACAUUGAGCGUCCCUCAUACACCAACCUCAACAGGCUCAUUGGCCAGAUCGUCUCCUCCAUCACUGCCUCCCUGCGCUUCGAUGGAGCCCUGAAUGUUGAUCUGACAGAGUUCCAGACCAACUUGGUGCCCUACCCCCGUAUCCACUUUCCUCUGGCCACCUAUGCCCCAGUCAUCUCUGCUGAGAAGGCCUAUCAUGAGCAGCUGUCAGUUGCUGACAUCACCAACGCCUGCUUCGAGCCAGCCAAUCAGAUGGUGAAGUGUGACCCUCGUCACGGCAAAUACAUGGCCUGCUGUCUCCUGUACCGUGGUGACGUUGUUCCCAAAGAUGUCAACUCUGCCAUUGCUGCCAUCAAGACCAAACGCACCAUCCAGUUUGUGGACUGGUGUCCCACUGGCUUCAAGGUGGGUAUCAACUACCAGCCCCCUACGGCGGUUCCUGGAGGAGACCUGGCCAAGGUCCAGAGGGCUGUGUGCAUGCUGAGCAACACCACGGCCAUCGCUGAGGCCUGGGCCCGUCUGGACCACAAGUUUGACCUGAUGUACGCCAAGCGGGCCUUUGUGCACUGGUACGUUGGUGAGGGCAUGGAGGAGGGAGAGUUCUCUGAGGCCAGAGAAGACAUGGCAGCUCUGGAGAAGGAUUAUGAAGAGGUGGGCACUGACAGUGUGGGAGAAGAGGAUGAGGAGGGAGAGGAAUAUUAA